AUGGCGGCAGGCGGGUUCAAGCUGUGGGAGGCGGCGGUGGACCUGAUAGAGGCAGUGCGGGAAGACAUGCGGGACGGCACCCUCUCCUUCCGCCGCAAGCACGUGCUCGAGGUGAGGUGCGCCCUGCACGUGCUCGAGGUGAGGUGCGCCCUGCACGUGCUCGAGGUGAGGUGCGCCCUGCACGUGCUCGAGGUGAGGUGUGCCCUGCACGUGCUCGAGGUGAGGUGCGCCCUGCACGUGCUCGAGGUGAGGUGCGCCCUGCACGUGCUCGAGGUGAGGUGCGCCCUGGACGUGCUCGAGGUGAGGUGCGCCCUGCACGUGCUCGAGGUGAGGUGCCCCCUGCACGUGCUCGAGGUGAGGUGCGCCCUGGACGUGCUCGAGGUGAGGUGCGCCCUGCACGUGCUCGAGGUGAGGUGCGCCCUGCACGUGCUCGAGGUGAGGUGCGCCCUGCACGUGCUCGAGGUGAGGUGCGCCCUGCACGUGCUCGAGGUGAGGUGUGCCCUGCACGUGCUCGAGGUGAGGUGCGCCCUGCACGUGCUCGAGGUGAGGUGCGCCCUGGACGCGCUCGAGGUGAGGUGCGCCCUGCACGUGCUCGAGGUGAGGUGCGCCCUGCACGUGCUCGAGGUGAGGUGCGCCCUGCACGUGCUCGAGGUGAGGUGCGCCCUGCACGUGCUCGAGGUGAGGUGCGCCCUGCACGUGCUCGAGGUGAGGUGCGCCCUGCACGUGCUCGAGGUGAGGUGCGCCCUGCACGUGCUCGAGGUGAGGUGCGCCCUGCACGUGCUCGAGGUGAGGUGCGCCCUGCACGUGCUCGAGGUGAGGUGCGCCCUGCACGUGCUCGAGGUGAGGUGCGCCCUGCACGUGCUCGAGGUGAGGUGCGCCCUGCACGUGCUCGAGGUGAGGUGCGCCCUGCACGUGCUCGAGGUGAGGUGUGCCCUGCACGUGCUCGAGGUGAGGUGCGCCCUGCACGUGCUCGAGGUGAGGUGCGCCCUGGACGCGCUCGAGGUGAGGUGCGCCCUGCACGUGCUCGAGGUGAGGUGCGCCCUGCACGUGCUCGAGGUGAGGUGCGCCCUGCACGUGCUCGAGGUGAGGUGCGCCCUGCACGUGCUCGAGGUGAGGUGCGCCCUGCACGUGCUCGAGGUGAGGUGCGCCCUGCACGUGCUCGAGGUGAGGUGCGCCCUGCACGUGCUCGAGGUGAGGUGCGCCCUGCACGUGCUCGAGGUGAGGUGCGCCCUGCACGUGCUCGAGGUGAGGUGCGCCCUGCACGUGCUCGAGGUGAGGUGCGCCCUGCACGUGCUCGAGGUGAGGUGCGCCCUGCACGUGCUCAAGGUGAGGUGCGCCCUGCACGUGCUCGAGGUGAGGUGCGCCCUGGACGUGCUCGAGGUGAGGUGCGCCCUGCACGUGCUCGAGGUGAGGUGCGCCCUGCACGUGCUCGAGGUGAGGUGUGCCCUGCACGUGCUCGAGGUGAGGUGCGCCCUGCACGUGCUCGAGGUGAGGUGCGCCCUGCACGUGCUCGAGGUCGCCCUGGACGUGCUCGAGGUGAGGUGCGCCCUGCACGUGCUCGAGGUGAGGUGCGCCCUACACGUGCUCGAGGUGAGGUGCGCCCUGCACGUGCUCGAGGUGAGGUGUGCCCUGCACGUGCUCGAGGUGAGGUGCGCCCUGCACGUGCUCGAGGUGAGGUGUGCCCUGCACGUGCUCGAGGUGAUGUGUUCCCUGCACGUGCUCGAGGUGCGCCCUGCACGUGCUCGAGGUGAGGUGCGCCCUGCACAUGCUCGAGGUGAGGUGCGCCCUGCACGUGCUCGAGGUGAGGUGCGCCCUGCACGUGCUCGAGGUGAGGUGCGCCCUGCACGUGCUCGAGGUGAGGUGCGCCCUGCACGUGCUCGAGGUGAGGUGCGCCCUGCACGUGCUCGAGGUGAGGUGCGCCCUGCACGUGCUCGAGGUGAGGUGCGCCCUGCACGUGCUCGAGGUGAGGUGCGCCCUGCACGUGCUCGAGGUGAGGUGUGCCCUGCGCUGCACGUGCUCGAGGUGAGGUGCGCCCUGCACGUGCUCGAGGUGAGGUGUGCCCUGCACGUGCUCGAGGUGAGGUGCGCCCUGCACGUGCUCGAGGUGAGGUGCGCCCUGCACGUGCUCGAGGUGAGGUGCGCCCUGGACGUGCUCGAGGUGAGGUGCGCCCUGGACGUGCUCGAGGUGAGGUGCGCCCUGCACAUGCUCGAGGUGAGGUGCGCCCUGCACGUGCUCGAGGUGAGGUGCGCCCUGCACGUGCUCGAGGUGAGGUGCGCCCUGCACGUGCUCGAGGUGAGGUGCGCCCUGCACGUGCUCGAGGUGAGGUGCGCCCUGCACGUGCUCGAGGUGAGGUGCGCCCUGCACGUGCUCGAGGUGAGGUGCGCCCUGCACGUGCUCGAGGUGAGGUGCGCCCUGCACGUGCUCGAGGUGAGGUGCGCCCUGCACGUGCUCGAGGUGAGGUGCGCCCUGCACGUGCUCGAGGUGAGGUGCGCCCUGCACGUGCUCGAGGUGAGGUGCGCCCUGCACGUGCUCGAGGUGAGGUGCGCCCUGCACGUGCUCGAGGUGAGGUGCGCCCUGCACGUGCUCGAGGUGAGGUGCGCCCUGCACGUGCUCGAGGUGAGGUGUGCCCUGUGUUGUGCAGCAAGUAUGUCCCAGAGGGUGGAUUCUCACCUUCAGUCUUAG